GCACCUAAAUUGGGUGAUGUGGCAAACACGAACUGAUUUCUGUGUAAUUCACAUACACUAUAGCCAUCAUUUCAGCACACUGUGUCUGUGGCUGCGACGUCUCCUUGCCCAUUAUCGUCGACUAUUGUGCAGGAACCCAAUGAGCAUGUGGCGUGGAUCGACUGCGCUGGUGCGUAGCAGCGGCAAGGCGCUUCUACAAACAUCGGCACGGGCUUCCUCGCUAUCGACUGCUGCUGCGCCUGCCACGGCCGCCACGACGGAAGCUGCCACCGCCGUGUGGUCACCCGAGAAGAAGCGCACGGGUCUGCUGGCCGUCAAGAUUGGCAUGAUGCCCGUGUGGGACCAUUUUGGCUACCGUCACAACUGCACGGUGCUGCAGGUUGAGGAGUGCCAGGUAACGCAGGUGAAGACGGCGGAUCGCCACGGCUUCAACGCGCUGCAGCUUGGUGUGGGCCUGCGUAAGCCCAAGAAUGUGAGUAAGCCCGUGCUGGGCCACCUGGCUAAGGCGGGCGUGCCGGCCAAGCGCCAGCUGCAGGAGUUCCGCGUCUCGGAGGACGCUCUACUGCCUCUUGGCACGACGCUCUCGGCGCUGCACUUCAACGCCGGUCAGUAUGUCGACGUGUGCGGCACCAGCAAGGGCAAAGGCUUCCAGGGUGUCAUGAAGCUGCACAACUUCGCAGGUCAGCCAGCCUCGCACGGUAACUCCAAGACGCAUCGCCACAUGGGAUCCACCGGCCAAUGUCAGGACCCUGGCAAGGUGUUCAAGGGCAAGAAGAUGCCUGGCCGCAUGGGCGGCAACCGCGUCACACGCGACAACCUCUGGAUCGCCAAAAUCGACGUGGACCGCAACCUCAUUUACGUCAAGGGCAGUGUGCCCGGUAACAACGGCGGCAUUGUCCGUGUCACGGAUGCACGCAAGAAGAAGCCGGAGGCGCCGCUUCCGUACCCUACCUUCUUGGCGUCAGAGGGUGAAGCACUGCCGUCGGAAGUGCUGGCACCGCACGGAGACGUUGACCCGUACCACUACGAUGAGAACUAGAGAAAGCACCAGACAGACCGGCAAGCAGCUCGAGGACGCGGGGGCGUCGAUCAGGAAGUGGCCCGUAGUGCUCAUGUGAUUCGAGGUUCUUAUGUGGAAAUCGCAGUUGUUUCUUUGCCAUCUUCUCUUACUUUGCCGAACUUGUGUCAGCACUUAGUGUUGUUGCUGUUGUUGUCGUGCAUUGAUAUGGUUGAAGGUUCUACCGAUUCGGUGUGUUCUCAAUUGCGAGCGAGUGUUCGUACUUGGCAUAAAAUGGCUUCGCUUGCUUGUUUAAAUUCGUCAU